AUGAAUGGACGGUCUUUGGUUGCCGGUGCUGAUGAUGCCCCGCCUGGUCCUCUUUGGAGGGACCCUUUCGGAAAUAAAGCUGGUGAGGCAGCGCGCCGAGGCUUCAGCCAGCUAAGAUUGGCCCUUGUCCGCAGGCUGGACAAACAGGAACCAGAGGAAGACAUUGCCAUGGAAGACAGCCCUACUAUUGUGAAACUUGACCAAGGUGAAAACCAGGUCUCCCCGUGUGGAAGGAGACGGUGUCUCCCCAAGGCACUUGGCUAUGUCACUGGAGACAUGAAAGAAUUGGCUGACUGGCUAAAAGACAAGCCAAUGGUACUUCAGUUCAUUGACUGGGUCCUGCGGGGAAUAUCCCAAGUGGUGUUUGUCAGCAACCCCAUCAGUGGAAUCCUGAUAGUGGUGGGACUCCUGGUCCAGAACCCGUGGUGGGCUCUCAACGGCUUUUUGGCAACUGUAGUCUCCACUCUGACGGCCUUGCUGCUCAGUCAAGACAGGUCAGCAAUAGCCGCGGGUCUCCAUGGUUACAACGCUACCCUGGUGGGAAUACUCAUGGCUGUCUUUUCAGAUAAGGGAAACUAUUUCUGGUGGCUGCUAUUCCCUGUAUCCCUCAUGUCCAUGACUUGCCCGAUCUUCUCAAGUGCCUUGAGCUCUGUGUUCUGCAAGUGGGACCUCCCUGUCUUCACCUUGCCUUUCAACAUGGCGCUCUCCAUGUAUCUGGCAGCCACGGGACAUUACAAUCCCUUUUUUCCAAUCAAGUUGGUCACGCCUGUCAGCUCUGUUCCCAAUGUCACCUGGUCUGACCUCAGCGCCCUAGAGUUACUAAAAUCUCUGCCUGUGGGUGUGGGUCAGAUAUAUGGCUGUGACAACCCGUGGACAGGGGGCAUCUUCCUGUGUGCCAUUCUGCUGUCCUCCCCGCUCAUGUGCCUGCAUGCAGCCAUUGGAUCUCUGCUGGGAAUCGCAGCAGGCCUCAGCCUUUCAGCUCCAUUUGAGAACAUCUACUUCGGACUGUGGGGUUUCAACAGCUCUCUGGCCUGCAUUGCAAUAGGAGGAAUGUUCAUGGCACUCACUUGGCAAACCCACCUCCUGGCAAUUGCCUGUGCCCUGUUCACUGCCUACCUUGGAGUCAGCAUGUCACAUGUGAUGGCUGUGGUUGGACUGCCGGCCUGUACCUGGCCCUUCUGUUUGGCCACGCUGCUCUUCCUCUUGGUGACCACAGAAAACCCCAACAUCUACAGGAUGCCACUCAGCAAAGUCACUUAUCCUGAGGAAAACCGCAUCUUCUACAUGCAAGCCAAGAAAAGGAUGACUGAAAGCCCUUUGUAA